GGCCUAGAGCCCCGCGCGGGCUCCGCGCCCCGAAUUCACCACUGUCCCAGCCCAGCGGCACAGGGCGCAACCGCCGGCGCCGUGAUGCAGCGGCCCGGGGAGCCGGGCGCCGCGCGCUACGGCCCGCCCGAAGGCUGUGCGGAUCACCGGCCGCACCGUUACCGCAGUUUUAUGAUCGAGGAGAUCCUCACCGAGCCGCCGGGACCCAAGGGCGCUGCGCCGGCCGCCGCCGCCGCCGCCGCGGGCGAGCUGCUCAAGUUCGGCGUGCAGGCGCUGCUGGCGGCGCGGCCCUUCCACAGCCACCUGGCGGUGCUGAAGGCCGAGCAAGCCGCGGUGUUCAAGUUCCCAUUAGCGCCCCUUGGGUGUUCCGGGCUGGGCUCCGCGUUGCUGGCCGCGGGGCCUGGGUUGCCCGGGGCUGCGGGCACGCCGCACCUGCCACUGGAGCUGCAACUCCGUGGGAAAUUGGAGGCAUCAGGCCCUGGGGAGCCAGGCACGAAAGCCAAGAAAGGGCGCCGGAGCCGUACUGUGUUCACCGAGCUGCAGUUGAUGGGCCUGGAGAAACGCUUUGAGAAGCAGAAGUAUCUCUCCACGCCAGACAGGAUAGACCUCGCCGAGUCUCUGGGUCUGAGCCAGUUGCAGGUGAAGACUUGGUAUCAGAAUCGGAGGAUGAAGUGGAAGAAAAUAGUGUUGCAGGGCGGCGGCCUGGAGUCCCCUACGAAGCCCAAGGGACGGCCCAAGAAGAACUCCAUCCCGACCAGCGAGCAGCUCACCGAGCAGGAGCGCGCCAAGGAGGCGGAGAAGCCGGCGGAGAUGCCCGGAGAGCCCAGCGACCCGAGCCGCGAGGACUGAACUCGGUGGAGGUUGGCUGACUCGGAGGGGGACUUUGGCGACUGCCCGUGGUUCCCCUUCGGCCUGCGGGAAGCCACGAGCUGGCCCUUCCGCGGACACACACGCAGCCGUCUUCAAACAUGCGGUUAAACUUCGAUUGCGGACAAUUAGGGGCCAAACAAAGAAGGACACAGACUUUGAAGCCAAGCCCAGGCCCUAACCCAGGAAAGUCGAGUCCAGCACAGCGGGAAACGACUCAGGGGGUGCUCGGAUCUCCACGUGCGUUCACGCCCCGCUCCUUGCCCCCACCACACCCCACCUCCGGGCUGCGACGCCGCCCGGCACACGCCCGCUUCCGCGCCCCGGGGACCAGGCGCCCGCGCCCCGGCCACAAGAGAGGACGCCGGGUAACCGUGCUGCCGCUCUGGCAGUGCCUGGGACCGCGUCCCCGAAGUCGCUGGGACUCCUAUCC